AUGUUCAAGAAGGCUUAUGAAGGGGUUGUGCAUCCCAUGACAGAUAGAAGCCAAUGGCCUAAGGUUGAGAUAGGCUUUAAACUUUGGCCUCCAGCUUUUAAAAGAUCAGCAGGACGACCAAGGACAAGAAGGUUGAAGGGAGCUGAAGAAGGUGGCAAGGGAACUCGUAGACAGAUGCAGUGCAAAAGAUGUGGUCAAUUUGGGCACAUGAUGAAGACUUGCAAUGAGACAGUGUAUGACUCAGAUGCACCUCCUCCUGCAGCAGCUAAGCCCAAAAGAAGCAAGGAAAAGAAAAGCAAGCCAGCUUCUACAGUUUCUACCCAACAGUCUCAGGUUGGAGGAAGCACUGCAAGUGCUGCAGCAGCACCUUCUAGCCCUGCAGCCAACACUAGAAGCCACAAAAGGAUGUUGGCCAUGACAGAUGGAAGUUCAUCCCCUCCCAAGAAGAUCAAGGUGACGACCAAGAGGACACCAAAGAGGAAGAACACUACUGGCAUGGCAGCCAAGAAGAAACUAGUCAUGGAUAAGCACAAGUAG